AUGUGGUUACUCAACGCGCAAAGCAGAAAGCUGCAGGACUUCGUCGACUUUCGCGAGGUUCGAGGCAAGUAUGCCAUUCUCUCGCACACAUGGGGCAAAGAAGAGUUUACAUUUGACAUGAUCCAUGAUCCAGGCAGUCGAAAUAUGCUCGGCUACAUCAAGAUUGACUUCGCCUGUCGGCAAGCACAAGAAGAUAAUUUGGAACAUGCAUGGAUCGACACCUGCUGUAUCGAUAAACGCUCGAGUGCUGAGCUUGGAGAAGCCAUCAACUCGAUGUACCUAUGGUAUCUAAACGCAAAAGUUUGCUAUGCGUACCUUGCGGACGUGGACAUAGCUACCAUUGCGGAGCCGCUUAGUGCCCACGCACCUGCUUUGGUAGGAUUCGACUCAUAUCAACAAGCUGUCGAUAACCCGACGUCUCCAGGUCGAAAGAAUGGACUGGAGUUUCAUCUCCACGUUUCAGAGGUGCAACUAAAAUUGCAGCAACUGCUAGGUCAGAGCAAGUGGUUUACAAGAGGGUGGACACUGCAAGAGCUGAUUGCGCCGGGCCACCUACGUUCCUACGACCAUAGAUGGGUCGCAGUUGGUACAAAGACGGAGCUGGUGGCUAGUCUGUCACAGAUCACACUCAUCAGUCCGGCAAUAUUACUGGAUCAAAGGCAGCUCUCGAAAGCGAGCAUUGCCCAGAAGAUGUCCUGGGCGGCUCACCGCACAACAUCGCGGAUUGAGGACCAGGCGUAUUGUUUGAUGGGUAUCUUUGACGUCAAUAUGCCAUUACUUUACGGGGAAGGUAGCAAGUCAUUCAUGAGACUGCAAGAAGAGAUCAUCCGGACGUGGGACCGGAUAGAUCACAGCAUUCUGGCCUGGACCGGGGGCGGCGGACUUCUUCUGGCGCCCUCCCCAGCUGCGUUCACGGGACAGCAUCACCUCACUAGCUGGUCAUUGCCACAGCGGGAUGCAUUCGAGCUAUCAAAUGCUGGCCUUCGCAUAAGCGUCUUAGCUGACGUGUACGACUGCUUCGAUCCAGAUCAGCCCCGCUUCGAUGAACGGCGGUAUGUCCUAGUAGCUCUGAACGCCCGCUCGGUGCAGCCUUCAGCAGCGCAGAUUGGCCUGACCCUCAAGAAGCGGAUUCACAUCGAUACCACUGAUCUACGGAAGUCGUGGACGAGUGAAACCGAAGACAUCGUUUACGAGAGACAGCUCGGCCUGAAGCGAAUCGAUGCAUCCCAACUACGCAACUUUUCCAAGGUUGAGUUGACCAUUGCGAGGAACACAUAUCAUCUUCCCAGAACCACAAACAAGGUCCUCGUGACAAGUGAAUGCUUCAACUUGCGGGCAGAGACCUCGAUCACGACAGAUAUAGCUACGGAGACCGAGGUCUACCUGUAUGCAUCUCUGAAUGCGGACGUAGCGCAAGGCAAAGUCACCCUAUUGCCCAAGACGGAGAGUGACCCCGAUGCUUCCCCAUCGAGCGCCGAGCUGAGUUUGGAGCUCGUACAAAGAUACGACAGACACAGGCUUCCAGAACUGCGGCUUCUUACCUGCCGCGGCAACCAUACACGGCACGCGGUCUCGUUCUUCGAGCCAGGUGAAGAACAUAUACAUCGCCUCGUUGGCUUGACGGCGCAGCGUAUCGUGUCGAAGUACACAAUUCUUGGUUCUGAGUUCAUGUGGCAUCUGCACAUCAGCGACUGCGAGCGCCUUCCACAGCAAAGUGGCGCUGAACUCUCAAUGCCCUCAUCACAUGGGGAGUGCAGCAUUGUGCAGGCCCCCAUUCAGCGUCUGAGCUUGCGCAGUGCUGCUUGUGAGAAAGCUCCCGUUUGUAAGAGCAAGACGUAA